AUGUCCCAAGCCCCAGCGUGGCACGAGGCUUACCCAUCGCCGCGAAAUGUAUCCCUCCUGACGAUCGAACGAGAGGAAUUGUUGACCCAGCUACAGAUGGGCAAGCAGCUAGGCAUUGACUUCCUUCUUGUCGACUUGCGCAGGGCGGAUCAUGAGGGCGGCACAAUCAAAGGAUCUAUUAACCUCCCUGCACAGAGCCUAUACCCUAGCUUACCCACUCUACUGAACCUUUGUCAAGCCGCAGGUGUGAAGCAGGUAAUCUGGUACUGUGGCUCGUCGAAAGGGCGCGGAUCUCGGGCAGCAGGUUGGUUUAACGAUCUUAUCAAAGAUAGAAACGUCGAAGGCAUCAGCAGUAUCAUCCUCAAAGAUGGUGUCGCAGGCUGGGCAAAUGCCGGAGAGGACUACACUGUACUAAUGGAAGAAUACAAUGCCUCUACUUGGGCUUCUCAAAAGUAA